AUGUCGCUAUACUCCCCCAUCACCAACAGGGCGCCGUCCGACUCUGAGAACGAGACCGAGACCGAACGAGUGAGCCACAGAGACUUCUCGGAGAUCGAGAAUGAUCAGCUCAACCUGCACGCUGCGCAACGGCACGCCACAUCCAAGUCAUCCGCGCCGUUAUUCGUCAUGCCGUCUCUGACACGUUUCCUUGCCGACUUCACGCUGGGCUUCGCCGAUGGUCUCACGGUGCCAUUUGCACUCACGGCCGGUCUAUCGUCGCUUGGCCAGACCGAGACCGUUAUUUAUGCGGGGAUGGCCGAGAUUUGCGCCGGAAGCAUCAGCAUGGGCAUUGGCGGGUACUUGUCGGCGCGUGGCGAGAACGCAGCUUUGGUCAGAGCCCAAGACCACGAAGAGGACGACGCCUCAGCUGAGGACCCAGAAAAGGCUGGGCUUGUCGCAGACGAGAAGAGUGCUGUGGUCCGGGAAUACCUGGCCCCCCUAGAUCUACCCGACGAGCUGGCCGAUCUCGUGAAGGAGCAUCUGUACCGCAAUCCCAGCGUCGUCCAAGUGCUUGAGGAGUGUGCGCACGAUGCCGACGAGGAUUCCCAGCUUGCCUCGCCAAUCCUAGUCGGCCUCUCUGUGGCCCUGGGUUACCUGCUCGGCGGAAUCCUCCCCCUGGCACCGUAUCUAUUCGUCAGCCAGGUUGGCACUGGUCUCCUCUGGAGCUUCAUUGUUUGCAUCGUCGCUUUGUUCGUUUUUGGUUUCACGAAGGACUUUGUGGUAAACCAGGAAAGCAGGAGCGAGGAAGCUGUGUGGUCGGAACGCAAGCGCUCUUUCCCUUGGAAGGACGUAAGGCGAAGCACAUGGGAAGGAGCUCAAAUGGUCAUCUUGGGCAGCGUGGCGGCGGCGUCGGCAGUUCUAUGCGUUCGAUUGUUCGAAGGCUUACAUGAGUGA